AUGGCCAUCUCUGAAUUGGAAAAAAAGGAUGACAAUGAGAAAUCAUGGAAAAUGUACUUCGAUGGCACGAUUAAUGCAUUAUGGCAUGAAAUUGGGGUAAUUCUGAUAUCUUUCGAAGUACACUAUUAUCUCGUUACGUCAAGGUUGAACUUCAAUUACAUUAAUAUUGUGGUAGAAUACGAGGCCUGUGUUAUGGGUUUGCAAGCUGCCAUAGAUAGAAAGAUUAAGAUAUUGAAGGUGUUUGGGGAUUCAGCCUUGGUUAUUUUUCAAUUGAAAAGAGAAUGGGAGACAAGAGAUUUGAAGCUUAUCCCAUAUCAUAAGUAUAUCACAGAGUUGUGCAAACAGUUUGAGGAAGUCCAAUUUGAACAUUUGUGCCAUGAAGAAAAUUAUAUUGCAGAUGCCUUAGCUACUCUGAUGGUGAUUUUUCAGGUUGAUAACAAUACUAAGAUUCAGCCCAUUAAGUCAGAUGUCAAAGAUAAGUCGAUACAUUGCACCAAUGUGGAAAAGAAUGAAUAUAAAAAGCCAUGGUAUUAUGAUAUCCUACAAUACUUAAAGAAUCAGCAAUUCCAGAUCAAGCAACAAAUAAUGAUGAAAAAGUCUUGA